AUGGAGGCAUACCGGCCGCUUGAAGAGCGACGCACAGGUAUUCGCAAACUGUCAUCCGGGAAGAAGCAGCAUUCCACGGAUACAUCUACGGAUGAAUUUUCGACACAUAAACAAAGGUAUGGCAGUAGGUCGAAGUCAAUAUCAGUAAUCGAAGUAAACAAGCGCGAGCCUGAAGAGAAUAACGAAAUUAGUGAACGAAUGGAAAGAGUUGUUUAUUGGCCUCCGCUUCCUAAAAAGCAAGAAAGAGAACGAGCUCGAUCUGUUCCACCGUCAGUGAAGGCGAGAAGCAUCACAGAUCCGGAACGACUGGAUGAGUAUCGCCGACAAAAGGAACUUGAACUGGAAGCUAUGCGGCGUCAUGAAGAGGAAGCGAUGCUGUAUAGAAAAAAACAGGAGAGCCCACAGCCUCAAUUUAUGCGUGUUUACGAGACACGUCCAAUUACGGCAAUGUCCGAGUCGAGCGAUCCACGUGAGGUUGUCUUCUCACCAAAUUCGGCCACGUGGAAACGUGUUUACAUCGUUGAUCGGCCAAAACCAGUAGCGAAAAAUGAAAUUAUCACUAGCGAGCAAUUGCUGGAGAAGGAGCGGUUCAACAUUGACCUCCUGAAGGUUGUAAAUUUUUGCUUUUGCUUUGGAUGA